UCGGCUUACAUCGUGCUCGCCAUCCACGGACAACAUGUCCACCAACGCCGCCAAUUCGUUCCACUCCCAGCUCUCGGGCUUCCGCUGGGCAAAUUCGGUCCAGGACGACUCGGCGCGCACCACCACCAACAAUGCACCAGGCAAUAUGUUCAGUCGCACGUGGAGCAGUGUUAGCGGCUACAUUCCUCUGCGAAACGAAGGGCAAAGCGCAGAGGAGGAGGCGUACUUUGCAUUGUCGCGAUGGGAACGUUUCUUGGGCUUCAUUGCUUGCUGCCUUGGCGGAAUGGCAUGCUUCGCAAUCGCCUUCCUCUUCCUCCCCAUCCUUGCUGUCAAGCCACGGAAAUUCGCGCUCGCAUUCACGCUUGGCUCUAUCCUCUUUAUGAUGGGUUUUGCCAUCCUGCAUGGUCCUGUCAACCAUCUCAAGCACAUCAUCUCAACCGAACGCCUGCCAUUCUCCAUCGCGUACUUUGGAUCUCUUGGCUUCACUCUCUUCUUCGCCAUUGGUAUUAGGAGCACCAUCGGCACGCUCGUUGCGGCCAUUGUUCAGGUGGGCGCUCUCCUCACAUACCUUGCCGCCUACUUCCCCGGCGGCGUCACCACUCUUCGCUUUGGUGGACAGAUGGCGCUGCGUGGAGCUUCCAAUGUCCUUCCGUUCUAG